CCAUAGCUGCGCUCCCCCCAGAGCGCGGUGGCAGCAGGGAGUUGGGAGUGAGGCUGAGCUGCGUGGGGAUUAGUGGGGAUUGAGCUAUUUCUGGCAGUGCGGGCAGUGGGGAGGGGGCACCGCGCCGGCUGCUGCUGUGGGAACACAGGGUGACCCCUGCCAUGGGGCUGGGUUGGGGGUAUGGAGUGGGAAAGGGUAUCCCCCACCAUGGAUCACGGUGACAACCCAACGGAUGUCCCCAUCCCCAUGUGGCACGCACAGCCACUGACCUCAGUGGCAGUCCUGGGCUGCCCCCCACCAGCCUCUUUGUGUCCUCAUGACAUGAGGACAAACCCAAAGCCAAAUGCCUGCUCUCUUUACCAGAAGGCAUCGCCCUUUCCUUGGGGAGGAUUGUCCCCGGCGCGCAGGGGACACGGCAUGGCCCGGUCACAGCGUGGGGACCGGGGACGCUGCCAGCUGGAUGCCAGCCCGCCAUGGGCAGCACGGGGACGGGGUCAUGAGGGUUUCUCUGGGCCAUGUCAGUCCCUAUGCCCAUCAGCUGGAUGCUGCUUCAGUGUAGGACGUGGUACAGGGGGCACACUGGGGUUUCUGUCCCCUUCUGGGACAUAUAUGGUGUGGUGCUCCAUAGUACAUGCCUUGCUGUGCCCACAGCUAUCUCUCAUUCCAUAGGGAUGGUAGAAGUGCAACAGGACUCUGUCUCAUGAGCUGUACCCCACAGUCCCAGCAGGGUCCCACUGCCUAGGAUGCAGAGCCUGGGGUCUUGGUGCCUGGAGUCCCAGUGGGGUCCCAUUACUUGGGGUCCUGGUGCCUGGGGUCCUGUGCCCAGGGUUCCUGUGCCCGUUGCCAGUGCCUGGGGUGUGGUGCUUGGAGUCUCAGUGCUUGGGGUCCUGGUGCCUGGGUCUGGACAUCACUUCACCACACUGCGCUGUCCCAGCCUGACCCCACUGGGACAUGUCAUUACACACUGAGUCACCCCUGAGAAGGGACAUAUGCUCACUUCACUGUGGGUCACACUAAUGAUAACAGCUCAGCACAGGGGUCCCAGCACCCAGCCCCAUGUCCACAGCCCUGCUGCAGUCAGGAAUAAGGACCUGGCAUCGGGCGCGGCGCCGGCACUGCGUCAUGCAGCAGCAGCAGCAGCUCACAGCUCGCAGCUCUCUCCUCAGAGGUGGUUUCCCUGAGGGUUGUUGCUUGGCAGCAGUGGUGCUGCAGGGACGCGCCAGGCUCUUUGGCGAGCCCCAGGGAGCAGAGACACGGGGUGAUUUAUGGGGAGGUGACUCAGCUCCCAGCAAGGGGCUGCAACAUUGUCGGAGGGGGCUUGGAACUGUGGCUGCAGCCCUGUGCCUGUUUCCCUGUGCCACAUUUUGGGGGUUCCUGGUGCUAUGCCUCAGCUCCGCACUGCAGGGAGGUGCUGAGCCCUGUGGAGGUGCUCUGACGGGUGCACAUGGGGAGCAUCACCUUGCAAAGUGCCCCCAGCUCCAUCCUGCACGUGGGAUGCAUGUGGGUGCAGCACAGCCUGGGGUUCAGUGUGGGGAUUGCAGAGAGCUCCAGGGGCUGCAUGGAGCUCCAGGGACUGCAUGGAGCUCUGAGGACUGCAUGGAGCUCCAGGGGUUUGUGAGGAGCUCUGGGGGUUACACGGAGCUUCAGGGGUUGCAUGAAGCUCUGGGAUUAUGUGGAGCUCUGGAGUUGUGUGGGGCUCUAAGCAUCCCAGAAUGUCUCCUAGCUCUCCAGUGCACUCCAAUGCCGCGCUGCCUCUUCCCCGUGCUGAACAGUCCUCGUGGUCCCACAUCACACCAUGCCAAGCCGUGGCACACUGUGGCCCUGAGACAAGUGCCCUCAGGGCCACCAAGUCACCUCGAGCCGUGUCAUGCCAUGCUAUGCCAAGUGACCUUGAGCCAUGACAUGCUGUGCCACAUUGUGCCUCUGACAUCAGUGCAACCAAGGCUACUGUGUCACCUCAAGCCAUUCCACGCUAUCCCAAGCUAUGCCAAGCUGUGGACCUGAGACCAGUGCUCCCAGGACCACCACAGCCAGGACAUGGGGGGAAUCGCAGCAGUGCUUGAAGUGCGGGAGGCACAGAGACCCCCUCCUCAAGCACCGUGGGGCGUUUGAGGCCAGCAUGGUGCCAGCACGCCCUCUGCCAGUGUGGGGGGGGGGAGCAGGAGCACAUCUGCAGACCCCUCCUCCCAAACACCAACCCAAAACUGGGGCCUCGUGGAGGCCAAGCCCCCUAUGCCAUAAGGCCGUGCUGUGCCCCUGCUUCUCAGCCUUAGUUUCCUGGGCCACAUCCCCCCCUUCACAACCACCCCAGGAGCGUGGCACCCCCGACCCCCCGCUCUCUCCCCACAGGCCAGACCCACGCUGGCUAUGGCUGCCGGGCCCGGCGCUGUCUGCCUGCCAGCUCCCGUCCCCUCCCCGGCCUCUCCCUCGCCGCCCCCCCGCCGGCCUCCCCGCCUUCCCCGCUCCCCCCUCCGCGGCCUCUUCCUGCCUUGGGCCUCUGCUGCCGCCACCACCGCGAUCUUCUGGGGCUCAGGUGGAGCGCUCCCCGACGCUGCGGGCCUCGGCUGUAGGCUCAGCCCUUCUGCCCAUAGCCCCGGAGCCGGUCCCGUCCCCGCUGUGGGGCAGGCGGCACUGGGGGGGGCCUGGCUCUGCAGAGAGGGGGGGGACAUGGAGGUGUAGGCCCCAGCCCUGUGUUUGGGGCACAGAGGCGCAGGCCCCAGCCCUGUGGGGUGCGCGAAGCUGUAGGCCUCAGCCCCACGCGCGGUGGUGGCAGUGUGGCGUCGCCAUGGCAACCGCAGGCUUCAGGCCUUGCAGUAGGCCGCGCUCGGCCUCGGAGCCCCCCGGAGUGUGGGGAUUUGGGGGGGAAGAGGAGCAGGAGGAGCACCCGAGCAAGGAGGAGAAGCAGGAGCCAGGGACACCCAUGAGGAAGGCCGGGCGGCCUGGGCGAAAGCGCAAACACGCCCAGGUGGAAAGCAGUGACACACCCAAAGACACGGCAGCCGUCCCCAAGUGCCCCCCUCCCUGCCCAGAGGCCAGCCCUGCCGAGCCACUGCCCAACGGGGACCUGGAGACGGACGGAGCCCAGUGGAAGGGCACGGAGGAGGGUGGCACAAGCCCCAAAAGCGGGCGUCCUGAGGAGGACGAGACGGAGAGCCUGGCGGAUGGAGAGACGGGCCGGGCGCUGGAGAAUGGCCGCUGCACCCCCAAGGAGGGCCUGGACGCCCCGGCCGAUGAGGGUGAGCUGGCCCCUUCCGACCCCCAGAAGAAACGCGGGAGGAGGAAACUCCUGGAGGCCACAGAGAAAAGCAAGGAGGAGAAGGAGGAAAACAACUUCGACAGCCUGAAAAUGGAGGGCUCCCGUGGGCGGCUGCGGGGUGGGCUGGGCUGGGAGUCAAGUCUGCGGCAGCGCCCCAUGCAGCGGCACACCUUCCAGGCAGGGGACCCCUACUACAUCAGCAAGAGGAAGCGCGACGAGUGGCUGGCACGCUGGAAGAGAGAGGCGGAGAAGAAGGCAAAAGUGAUCGCCGUGAUGAACGUGGUGGAGGAGACGCCGCGGGCCGAGCCGCAGAAGGAGGAGGAGGCCAGCCCCCCUGCCUCACAGCAGCCCACCGACCCUGCUUCACCCAAUGUGGCCACCACGCCUGAGCCUGUGGUGGCCGACGCCGUCGACAAGAACACAUCCAAGUCAGCCGACGACGAGCCUGAGUACGAGGACGGUCGGGGCUUCGGUAUCGGUGAGCUGGUGUGGGGCAAGCUGCGUGGCUUCUCCUGGUGGCCGGGGCGCAUUGUGUCCUGGUGGAUGACGGGACGCAGCCGGGCAGCUGAGGGCACCCGCUGGGUGAUGUGGUUUGGGGACGGCAAGUUCUCAGUGGUCUGCGUGGAGAAGCUCCUGCCCCUCAGCUCCUUCUCCAGCGCUUUCCACCAGGCCACCUACAACAAACAGCCCAUGUACCGCAAAGCCAUCUACGAGGUGCUGCAGGUGGCAAGCAGCAGAGCAGGGAAGAUCUUCCCGGCGUGCCCCGAGAAUGACGAGACUGACACCUCCAAGGUAGUGGAGAUCCAGAACAAGCAGAUGAUCGAGUGGGCGCUGGGCGGCUUCCAGCCCUCUGGCCCCAAGGGCCUGGAGCCCCCUGAGGAGGAGCGCAACCCCUACAAAGAAGUUUACACAGAGAUGUGGGUCGAGCCAGAAGCCGCUGCCUACGCGCCGCCCCCACCCGCCAAAAAGCCCCGGAAAAGCACAACAGAGAAACCCAAGGUCAAGGAGAUCAUCGAUGAGCGCACCCGAGAGCGGCUGGUCUACGAGGUGCGGCAGAAAUGCAGAAACAUCGAAGAUAUCUGCAUCUCCUGCGGGAGCCUCAACGUCACCCUGGAGCACCCUUUGUUUAUCGGGGGAAUGUGCCAAAACUGCAAGAACUGCUUUCUGGAGUGCGCGUACCAAUAUGAUGACGACGGAUACCAGUCCUACUGCACCAUCUGCUGUGGUGGGCGUGAGGUGCUCAUGUGCGGCAACAACAACUGCUGCAGGUGUUUCUGCGUGGAGUGCGUGGACCUGUUGGUGGGGCCAGGGGCUGCACAGGCGGCCAUCAAGGAGGACCCCUGGAACUGUUACAUGUGUGGCCAUAAGGGUGUCUAUGGGCUCCUGCGGCGGCGUGAAGAUUGGCCAUCGCGCCUCCAGAUGUUCUUCGCCAACAACCACGACCAGGAGUUUGAUCCGCCAAAGGUGUACCCGCCCGUCCCCGCUGAGAAGAGGAAACCCAUCCGCGUGCUGUCGCUGUUUGAUGGCAUUGCCACCGGCCUGCUGGUGCUGAAGGACCUGGGCAUCCAGGUGGACCGCUACAUCGCCUCCGAGGUGUGCGAGGACUCUAUCACCGUGGGCAUGGUGAGGCACCAGGGCAAGAUCAUGUAUGUCGGCGAUGUCCGAAAUGUCACCCAGAAACACAUACAGGAGUGGGGCCCCUUCGACCUGGUAAUCGGGGGCAGCCCUUGCAAUGACCUCUCAAUAGUGAACCCAGCCAGGAAGGGGCUGUACGAGGGCACUGGGCGCCUCUUCUUUGAGUUCUACCGCCUCCUACAUGAAGCACGGCCCAAGGAGGGUGAUGACCGACCCUUCUUCUGGCUCUUUGAGAACGUGGUGGCCAUGGGGGUGAGCGACAAAAGGGACAUCUCGCGCUUCCUCGAGUCCAACCCCGUCAUGAUUGAUGCCAAAGAGGUGUCUGCGGCACACCGGGCACGGUACUUCUGGGGUAACCUUCCCGGUAUGAACAGGCCGCUGGCGUCCACGGUCAAUGACAAGCUGGAACUCCAGGAGUGCCUGGAGCACGGCAGGAUAGCCAAGUUCAGCAAAGUGAGAACCAUCACCACUCGCUCCAACUCCAUCAAGCAGGGCAAAGACCAGCACUUCCCCGUCUUCAUGAACGAGAAGGAAGACAUCCUGUGGUGCACGGAGAUGGAGAGGGUGUUCGGCUUCCCGGUGCACUACACGGACGUGUCCAACAUGAGCCGCCUGGCCCGGCAGAGACUGCUCGGCAGAUCCUGGAGCGUGCCGGUGAUCCGCCACCUCUUUGCGCCCCUCAAGGAGUACUUCGCCUGCGUUUAGGAGAGCCGGACGGGGACUGUGCCACGGAGCGCGUCGGAACCGAACCAUCCAUGCCAAGAGAAGAGAAAACGCGGAGCGAGAGAAGAGCCAGCACCCAGCAGAGAGACGGGAGCACGGCGCGGCGGCCGCCGGCACGCGCCUCCCCGAGCGCAGGGCUCGGGGCCUCCCCAUCCCCAACGAUCAGCUUUCAGCCUAUUUAAAACUAGGAGAAAAAAAACAAAUAUAUUAAAAAUAAUAAUAAUAAUAAAUCGCACCAGGA